GUUUUUACACGAAUAUCAUCAGAGUAUCAGCUGCCAUUUUGUAGAUUAGCUGUAAGCAGUAACGAAAGUGUUCAGUGGUAGUCAUUUAUCGGUGUUAUUUAAUAAUAAAUAUAUAUAUUAACUAUCUCAUAUUUUUUGUGUUGCUUUGUAUAAAGAGGGGUAGGAUAUAUAAUUUAAAAAAAUGUCGGAUGGCAAUGGAGAUCAUGAGGAGGAGGGUUACGUAGUCAAAUUACGUGGUUUACCUUGGUCGACAACCGUCGAUGAAAUCCUUAAAUUCUUCAGCGACUGUCGUAUCUGUCAUGGAAAAGCUGGUAUACAUAUGACUAUGUCACGAGAAGGACGUCCUAGUGGUGAAGCUUACAUUGAAAUGGAGAGUGAAGAGGAUAUUGAGAAGGCUUGCAAACGUGAUCGUGAUCAUAUGGGCCAUCGUUAUAUUGAAGUAUUCAAAGCUAGACGAAGUGAAAUGGAGUGGGUUGUCAAAAGAAGUGGUUUGAAUCUUGAAAAUGCCAUGGACGAUGGCUGUGUAAGAUUGCGAGGAUUGCCUUUUGGUUGUUCAAAAGAAGAAAUCGCUCAAUUUUUCUCAGGGUUGGAGAUAUUGCCGAACGGAAUUUUGCUACCAACAGACAGCUACACGGGCCGCAGUACUGGGGAGGCUUACGUUCAAUUUGUUAACAAAGAUGUCGCGGAAAGGGCUCUACAGAAACACAAGGAAAAGAUAGGACACAGGUACAUUGAAAUAUUCCGAAGCAGUUUAUCUGAGUUACGAGCAAGUUUCGGACCUAAAAUGCGAGGUUCGAUGGGUGGAUUCAAUCAACGACCUGCACCUUACGACCAGCGAGAUCGAUUUGGCGGAAUGAACCGCUUUAAUAAUAACAGAAACGCUCGGAACAGAGACUUUGACAAUGGACCUUGGGGUAAUUCAAACAACUUUGGAUCACGCGGUGGUGGCGGCGGCGGUGGAGGUGGUGGUGGCGGUGGCGGUGGUGGUGCUGGUAUGGGUAUGAGAAAUAAUAUGGAUAUGAAGGGUGGAAAUUAUCGUGGCAAUAAUGAUAACUGGAGUGGAAAUACUGGUAUGCAUUGCAUCCAUAUGCGGGGUUUGCCUUUUAGAGCUACAGAGCAAGAUAUCGCAGACUUUUUCCGACCGAUUGUUCCUGUGAACAUUCGAAUUAUCUUAGAAAAUAAUGGACGUGCUUCAGGCGAAGCAGAUGUCGAGUUUGCGACUCAUGAAGAAGCUGUUAAAGCUAUGGGAAAAGACAAGAGUCAUAUGUCACAUAGAUAUAUCGAAUUAUUUUUGAAUUCAACUAGUGGUGGAUCAAGUGGCGGGAUGUCGCUAAGCGGAAUCGGCAAUUUUUGCGGAGGUUUAGGUAAUAAUUUUAGACCUGGUUAUUCACCCAACAAUCGUGGUUACAACAGUCAACUUGGUGGCGGAAAUAAUUAUAAUAAUUUUUGAAGUUAAAAUUACAAGUUUUUUUUUUAAUCAUCAAUAAUUUUUUAAAAGAGAAAAAUUGAAAUGAAUUCUUUUCUUUUUUUUUUUUUUUUUUUUUUUUUACUUUUC